AUGCGGCCGGCGGGCCGCCUGAUUGCCCCGGAUGACCCGCGCGACGGCGACCUGCGCCGCCUGCGCCCGCGGCACCAGAAGGACGACACUCAAGGUCUGCUCAAGCAUUUGGAGUCAAAUGUACAGACUCCCUCGGAGACUGGCUCCCCAUCGAGGAGGAGGAAGAAAGGAGUGCAGCCGUCCAGGGACGAGGAGGCUGUGGACGAAUGUGAGCCGUCUUUCAACAACAACAUCACGGCGUUUGCACUGAAGGCUAAAGUCGUCUACCCCAUUAAUCAGAAGUUCCGGCCUUUGGCUGAUGGUUCCUCCAACCCGUCUCUGCACGAAAACUUAAGGCAACCUGUUUUGCCGCACCAGCCGGUAGAAGCCUCCCCUUCCAGCAGCCUGGGCAGCCUGAGCCAGGCGGAGAAGGAUGACUGCAGCUCCUCGUCCAGUAUCCACUCGGCCACUAGCGAUGACAGGUUCCUCAGCCGCGCCUUCCUCCGGGUGAACACUUUUCCUGAGGUGCUGGCCUGCGAGAGUGUAGACGUCGACCUGUGUAUCUAUUACCUUCACUUGAAAGAGCUGUUGCGACUGGACACAGCACUGAGGCGGGAAAAGCACAUGAUGUUUAUUCAGAUUUUUAAAAUGUGCCUCCACGAUCUUCUUCCUAAAAAGAAAUCUGACGAUGAAUUAUACCAGAAGAUUAUUUCAAAACAAGAAAACGAGUUGGAGGAAUUAGAGAAAGGACUUCAGGUCAGAUUGUCAAACACAGAAAUGCUGGGCGCUGCUGACUCUGCAUAUAUCACCCUGGCCGACGUGGAAAAGAAGGAGAGAGAAUACUCUGAACAGCUAAUAGACGAUAUGGAAGCUUUCUGGAAACAGAUGGAAAACAUCCAGCACUUUCUUGUGGACCAGUUUAAAUGUUCCAGCUCCAAAGCCCGACAGCUCAUGAUGACUUUGACAGAGAGAAUGAUUGCAGCUGAAGAGCUGUUGCGUGAUUCUCAGGAUUCGCAGUCUCUGGACACCCUGGAGAGAAUAAUGGGAUGGGCGCACAUGGCAAAGGCAGUCGAGUUCCUGAAGCUGCAGAUCCAGGAAGAGACCAAAUGCCGACUGGCUGCCAUAUCCCGCGGCCCGGAGCUGCUGACCAUUGAGGGGAGGCUGUCUGGGCGGCAGAAGGAGGAGCUGCUGACACAGCAGCACAAAGCAUUCUGGGAGGAGGCAGAGCACUUCAGCAGGGAGUUUGCCCAGCGAGGCAAAGACCUGGCCAAGGCUUCUUUGGCUCACCAGGCAGAGAGGACCGUGAAGCUCACACUGACCCAAGAAGAGGAGCGGAGACGCUUUCUGGCUGAGGCCAGGCUGAGCACCGACCCGGAAGGAUUCCUCAAGGCUUUUCACGAGGUCCUGGAGAGGCAGAGGCUGAUGCAGAGCGACCUGGAGGAGGAGGAGAAUGUCCGAACUGCCGAGGCAAUGGCCACACUCUGCCAGGAGCUGUACUGCAGCACCAUGGGUGCUUUCCAGAAGUUCAUGGAUGUCCUGUUCCAUCAGACACUCCCUGGUGCAACUGGCCUCCCACGGGCAGAGUGUGAGUACUUGAGGCAGGAGGUCCAGGAGAACGCCGCCCAGCAGCUGGGGCAAUCGGAUCGCUUCCGCAGACAGCAGUGGAGGCUCUUCCAGGACCGCCUGGAGGAAGACAAGCAGGUGUGGAUGGAAGAGUGUGCACUAUCCACUGUGCUGCAGACACACCUGUGGGAAGACCACAAGAGCACCGUCCAUGGAGUCUUGGGCCGUCUCGGCGGCCUCAGUGAAGAGUCCACACGGAGUGUCCUACAGGGACACGACCUGCUGCUGCACUCAGCCCUCCGGAGGCUGGCCCUUCGUGGCAGCGCUGUCACCACCCUGACCCAGAUGAGGCUUUCUGGGAAGAAGAGUCUCCUGCAGGAGCUGCGUGAGCAACACGCAUUGGAGCAGGGCUCCUCCCAGUGCCUGGAUGAGCACCAGUGGCAGCUGCUCAGAGCCCUGGAGGCUCGUGUCCUGGAGGAGGCUGGCAGGCUAGAGGAGGAGGCUCAGCAGACCCGGUUGCAGCUUCAGCAGCAGCUCCUGGCUGAGGCCCAGGAAGUCGGGCAGCUCCUGCAGCAGCUCACAGAGCGAGCUAUCGGGCAGGCGCUGCUGGGGAAUGCACGGAACACAGCCACCAAGAGCCGGGCCAAGGACAGGGAUGACUUUAAGAGGACGCUGAUGGACGUGGUGGUGGAGAGCGUCUAUGUGACCAGUGCUGGCGUCGGCCGCCUGGUGCAGGCGUACUACCAGCAACUCGGGAGGGCCAUGCAGGACCACGAGGAGAGGAAGCUGCAGCGACUGAAGGCCCUGCAAGGGGAAAGAAUGGAAAAUUACAAGCUGCGGAAGAAGCAAAAUGUCAGCGACCCUCCAUCAGGGCCCAGGAUGGCAGAUGGAGCUCAUGAAGUCUCCCAGCCUGUCCACCAGAGGGUGUUGUCGCAGCAGAAAAGGUUCCUGGCCCAGUUUGCCAUGCACCAGCAGGUCCGCCUGGAUGCUCAGAAGCAGAAGGCAAGGGUUAUGGACCACCUGGAGGCCCAACUGGAGACCCAGCUGCAGGACGCCGAGCAGAACUUCAUCUUCGAGCUGGCGGCCUUGGCCCGAGUGCCCCUUGCUGAAAGCAAACCAUUUUCCAAUAGGCGUGGGCUGCCAGAGAAGCCCCUCAGGACCAAAAGGAAGAAACCACCACCUCAGGAGAGAGGGGACCCAGGAACACCCAAUGAGGAUGACCCUGUCUCUGGGGACCACAACUCGGGAUCACCCAGCACCAAAAGGCUGAGUCAGCAAGAAAGUGAAGUUGGUGAUGGUGAGAACUCGAAGAUGCUGAAGAAAAGAGGCAAUCUGUAGUUUCAGACCCGUUAGGGGACCGGAUUUGAAGCCCUGACUCUGGGUGUGAACACUGCCUCCCUGUCCCUGAGCUGGGUAAGGGUCUCCGCACUGCCUCACAGGCUGCUCGUGAGAGGGGCUGGAGACGCGAUGUAAAGGGGCUCUGAAAAGCAUAAAUGAUGACGAGCACCCUACGGCCCGAGAGAGCCAGGAGCCCUGGUGCUGGAAGCACGUCUCUGCGAGUUUGGCAUCUCAUUCGGCUUCGAGCCCUUCCAAUUCCCAUGGGUCUCUUCCUUCCUCAGGAGGGUGCCCUCCUCCCCGGUCCUCUGUUCCCCAGCCCCUACCUCCGGCCCCGGGUCUUGAUGGUGCUGGAACCUGCAUCCCCUAGCUCGAGGUUGCCUCCUUACAGCUCGAGGCCCUCUACCCACCAGGCUCUCUGAAAUGCUGCCGGGUUGGGCUGGAGGGUGGAGCUCAGGCGCUGAUGAUGUUUUUCGGAUCUGAGGCCACUGUGGCCGUCGUCUCCGUCACCCUGUUCUCUCUCUCCCGUGCACCCUGGUCAUGCCUGCCAUGGCAUUCUCAUCAGGACCCAUCCCGGGUUUUGGUAUUUCCCCAUCCUUUGGCUCAACCAGCAACUGAGAGCUGGUCACCAUGGGAGCAUCUGAGUCCCCGGCCCCAUGACCCUGACACACACCGCAAAAUCCUUGGCCCACUGAGGCCUGAGGCCCACAGGCACAUAAUGGCACCUGUGAGGGCACAAGUAGUACAUAGUAGGAGGCCUCGCCCGGCCCCUGGGCUUCACUAAAGAGAAGUGUCCCAGGACACCUGCUUCUCCCAGUGGGUGCUGAACAUCCAGAAGCUUCCAGAUCAGCCACACAUAAACCACAGCCAAGAGAGCCCUUUCCUACCUGGAGAAAAAUUGUUCAUCAAAAUCGGGGAUUCUCAACUUGAGCACUGUGGACAUUUAGGUGAGCUGAUUCUUUGUGUGGGUGAGGGGCUGCCCUAGUUGACAACCAGAAAUGUCUCCGAACAUGGCCCAGCGUCACCGGGCACUACCCACUGACCUGAGUCAGGUGUGCCUUCUCCGGGGCAAGCCGAGGCGUGACAGCGCCAUAUCUCUGUGAACACCCAGGGUGCCGGGGCUCUGGGGCUCAGGGAUCCCCCAUCUUGGGGAGUUCCUUGGCCAUUUGUGAAGUUUUA